AAUAGAAGGAGAGAAAUAGAGAGAGAGAAAUAGAGAGAGAGAAAUAGAGAGAACAAGAGAGAGAGAAAAAAGAGAGAGAGAAAUAGAGAGAGCAAGAGAGAGAGAAAAUAGAGAGAGAGAGUUAGAGACAGAGAGAGAGGGGAAGGAAACCCCACAUAAAGAGACAGAAGAGAGCCCUUCCUGGAACUCUCCAGUCCUCUCUGACUGCCGCCGCUCACUGAGGGAGAAAGACAGCAGUGUUUUAAAGAGGAACAGAGUACCUGGUUGUCAUUCUGCUGAGGGCUGAGACAAACAGAGGAGAAGAAGACAUGUCGGGUCAUUUACUAAGGAGAAACUCCAGCAAGGAAGGUCUGCAGAACCUGCUCAGGGUGACGGCCCAGCGCAGUAUUGAAGAUGCUGAGGAGAUAGAGCGGGAACGGAGACGAAGGGCCAGGGAGAGACAGGGAGACCAGGACCCACACACCCACACUGGCCCAGCCAGCACCAUCAGCCCCACACCGGACAAUGGGCUUCCGGAGAUAUAUCCAAUGUGUGAGAGUGAGCUGAAGGCUAGUGGCUGCCAGUUGGCUCUGGAGGAGGACGAGGGCUUCAGUGACUGGACCCAGAGGUUGGAGAAACGCAGACAGCGCCACCUGGAGGAACAGGAGUCCUCGGAGGACCAUCAGCCCCAACAGCAGCAGAAUCAGCCCCAGCAGCAUCACCCCCAGCAGCAUCAACCCCAGCAGCAGAAUCAGCCCCAGCAGCAUCACCCCCAGCAGCAGCAGAAUCAACCCCAGCAGCAUCAACCCCAGCAGCAUCACCCCCAGCAACAGCAGCAGCCCCAGCUGCUCACGCUAAACAGAGCCUCCCCAAUCAGGCCCUGCUUGAAGACACGUCCUGGACCUGGGCCUGAGGAGAGGGAGGAGAAGGAGGUAGAGUGGGAACGAAGAGCCAGCAACAAGACACAAGACACUUCAAGAAGAGUAACAGAUGACAAGGUCGUGGAGAAGAAGAAAUCUGAGCUGAAGAUCUCCUACACCUCUAAGGUCAUGAGACACGUCAACAGCAACGGGGAAGCAGCUGGAGCGGAAGUGACCUCAUACCUAGUUGCAGGGAAACUGUCUCCAAGUCGUAGUGGCAGCUUGGGAGGGCAGAGACAGGAGGAGGUGGAUGGAGAGGUUCCCGGGGGCAGCUGGAGACAGAGAAGACACCAGGCCAGGGACAGGGCACCCUGGAACAGCUGAGACAGAGACAGCAGGAGGACCAGGAGGAGAUGGAGGAGUUGAACCGCAGGAGAGAGGAGAAACGCAGAGCCAGGGAGGAGGAGGAGCACCAGAGAGAGAAAGAGGAGCAGCACAGACAGGAGCAGGCGGAGGAGGAGAAGAAGAGGGUGAAAGACGGGAUAGAGAGUAGGAGGAUGGCGGCUUCAGAGAGAAGGAUGAAGAACCUCAGUAUUUCCAGCAUUGAGGGAGACGAGUCCUUCAGCCCCUUCAGUCCCAUGAGCCCCACCUUCAAGAGACUCCUCCUUCUGUUUUACCCAGUAAGUUGCCGACUGUCUGUAAGUGCAGUGUGUGGAUGGAUAUAACUGUGUUGGCUCUGUGAUGUGAAGUGAGAGUCCUGUAUGGUCUGUGGUUGUAUGACAGGUAACACAAGUCUCUACUUAGAGUCUGAUGUCCGUAUGACUAUUCACACUGGCUUCCUUUGGGUUCCGUUUUGUGACUUGGUUCAUUUGUUUUCAGAAAAUGUUUUCAACACUCCUUCUCAGACAAAAAUGAACCCUGACAGAUUUGAAACAAACCUUCUAGUCUGAAGACACCUUUUUUUUUUUUUACUAACUACUAAAUAUAAAAUACUUUCAAAAUCAACUCUUUGAUGAGCAAAACAGUUUGUUUUCUCAAUCUUAUCGUAGAAACACAAAAGACAAUGUUGACUACAGGAUCACUUCUCUACAUGUUUCUUCUCUCACUUGGUGUCAUUACACCCCCACACCCCCACACCCCCUCUCCACCUCUUGCAUGUCAUGUUCACACAUCAUCCUAUAUUUCUUCACCUUGAUGUUUUUUGUGUGAAGUGUGAAGAAAUGCUUUCCACACUUCCUGUGUUGAAAGCAUUUAGAGAGUUUUAGGCUGAGAGUUUUAGGCUGUGUUCUAACGUCCAUACGAGUCUACCUCUUAGAAUCCCCGCCCCCAAUACUCUGCUUUAUUCUAAGAACUAUGUUACUAUGGAUACUGGAACAGAGCCUUUGUGUGCCUUCCAAAUGGAACCCUAUUCCCUUUACAGUACACUACCUUUGACCAGGACCCAUAGGGUGCCAGAUAGGGUUCCAUUGAGGACACAGAUGUUGUGUUGUGUUGUGUUGUUCCAUAGAUGUUGUGUUGUUCCAUAGAUGUUGUGUUGUGCUCUGUGUGUAGCUGCAUGUGGUCAGCUUUCCUUAAACACUCCAACACUUCACGGACCGUCAUGGGUUAAUUAAUGUUUUCAUGGGUUAAUUCAUGUCUUCAUGGGUUAAUUAAUGUUUUCAUGGGUUAAUUCAUGUCUUCAUGGGUUAAUUCAUGUCUUCAUGGGUUAAUUCAUGUCUUCAUGGGUUAAUUCAUGUCUUCAUGGGUUAAUUCAUGUCUUCAUGGGUUAAUUCAUGUUUUCAUGGGUUAAUUCAUGUCUUCAUGGGUUAAUUCAUGUCUUCAUGGGUUAAUUAAUGUCUUCAUGGGUUAAUUCAUGUCUUCAUGGGUUAAUUCAUGUUUUCAUGGGUUAAUUCAUGUCUUCAUGGGUUAAUUCAUGUCUUCAUGGGUUAAUUCAUGUCUUCGUGGGUUAAUUCAUGUCUUCGUGGGUUAAUUCAUGUCUUCGUGGGUUAAUUCAUAUCUUCGUGGGUUAAUUCAUGUCUUCGUGGGUUAAUUCAUGUCUUCGUGGGUUAAUUCAUGUCUUCGUGGGUUAAUUCAUGUCUUCAUGGGUUAAUAAAAAAAUAUAUGGGUUAAUUCAUGUCUUCGUGGGUUAAUUCAUGUCUUCAUGGGAAAGCACCCGACUUUCAUUUCUGGCUCACAGCAAAAUAGGAUGUAACACAUGUUUGCAUUACUCAAUAGCAACCUUGCUAAUGUGCCAACUGUUGAGUCAUAACCAAUGAAGUGACUCACUCAAUGUGCUUCUGUUAAACCAGUAAAACACUAGUAAUACUCCUAUUACAAGUAGGAGUGGAGCUGCGGUCUAAAACACUGCAUCUCAGUGCUUGAGGCGUCACUACAGACCCUGGUUUGAUUCCAGGCUGCAUCACAACCAGCCGUGAUUGGGAGUCCCACAGGGCGGCGCACAAUUGGCCCAGUGUCGUCCAAGUUUGGGUUUGGCCGGUGUGGGCCGUCACUGUAAAUAAGAAUUUAUUCUUAACUGACUUGCCUUGUUUAAUAAAGUUUCAAUGACAUUUUUUUUACAAACAAAUAUAUUUUCCUCUAAAAUCAAUCGGACAAAACACAAAGAUUAUUAGCCAACUAUUAGGAAAAUAAACCAUUUGGACCAUGGAAAAGUGUUCCUCUUACUGUACGUAUCUAUCAGAUGAAUGACCGUACAUAUUAUCGUGUUUCUUGGCACGCCGUUAGCAGUGUAAAAGUCAUCUGAAAAGAAACUGUCUGCAGCAGUGGCUUUGGCUUGUGUCUUUCCUGUCAUCAAUGUGCUUCCCUGUGAUGUGUGUCCUUCCAGAAUGACACCGAGGAGAGGAUGACGUCUGAGAAUACCUGCAC